AACCCGCCCCCUGCACGCGCCGUAGAGUGCUUUGCCUGUGUGUUCGGGCUGCUCGCGGAAUGCUGAGCUCUUGUCCUGCGCUUGCUCGUGGUGGACAGACCCACCAUCUCUCCAUUCUCCCUGGAGCGCUGGCUUGUCCAGUUAGCGCUUAGUUGCCUUGAGCUACUGCAUGUUCCCUCAGCCCGGUGCGGACGCCCGUGCAGCUCCAUCCGCCCUUAGUAAAUAUGGCGGCGCGGCGAUCCGGGCGGGCGGGGGGCGGGGUCCCGCUGUCACCAAGCCCCGAGCUGCGAGCCGGGCCGGGCUGGCCUGCGGGCCGGCUACCCACGUGCGGAGAUCUCGAAGGGGGGGCGAAAAAGCAAUGCUGGUUUCAGAAAGAACGAAGGAACUUUGGUAGCCCUGGCCGAACCACCGACGCCAGGCAAGGUAGCGCUUCCGCAGAGUGGCAGCAGUGCUGACUGGAAGGGCGCUGGGAGAGAGACCCAUCACACCUAAGGGGACAGCUAUUGCCCUGGGUGACUGCUCCUCAAAAGAGCCGAUGCCUCUGUCCUGCCCCAGGCAGCUCUGCCUCGGAACUGGCAUUGCUUCUCCAGCCGCCCCUGGACCAUGUCACUGUGUGGAAGCGGAAUGCUGAGAGACUGAGGAGGAACCGCGUACCUGACAGCUCAGGAGCACAAGGCGCUGCAAAGCACAGGCACUGUGAGGAUGAGCGUGGCGAGCACUGCAGCUCCCUUCCACACAACCUCAGACCCCAGCAGGGCCAUCUCCACCUUCUCCGUUGUGGACUAUGUGGUAUUUGGCCUGUUGCUGGUUCUCUCCCUUGUCAUUGGGCUCUAUCACGCUUGCCGAGGCUGGGGCCGCCAUACUGUUGGUGAACUGCUGAUGGCAGACCGCAAAAUGGGCUGCCUUCCUGUGGCACUGUCCUUGCUGGCCACCUUCCAGUCAGCCGUGGCCAUUCUGGGGGCACCAGCAGAGAUCUACCGAUUUGGAACCCAGUAUUGGUUCCUGGGGUGCUCCUACUUCCUGGGGCUCCUCAUCCCUGCUCACAUCUUCAUCCCUGUCUUCUACCGCCUGCAUCUGACCAGCGCCUAUGAGUACUUAGAGCUCCGCUUCAAUAAAGCAGUUCGAAUCUGUGGGACUGUGACCUUCAUCUUUCAGAUGGUGAUCUACAUGGGAGUUGCUCUCUAUGCACCAUCCUUGGCCCUCAAUGCAGUGACUGGAUUUGAUCUAUGGCUGUCAGUGCUGGCCCUAGGAAUUGUCUGCAACAUCUACACUGCACUGGGUGGGCUGAAGGCUGUCAUCUGGACAGACGUGUUCCAAACACUGGUCAUGUUCCUAGGGCAGCUGGUGGUUAUCAUUGUAGGAGCAGCCAGAGUGGGUGGCUUGGGGCAUGUAUGGGAUGUGGCUUCCCAGCAUGGCCUCAUCUCCGGAAUUGAGCUGGAUCCCGACCCCUUUGUGCGUCAUACUUUCUGGACUUUGGCCUUUGGAGGUGUCUUUAUGAUGCUCUCCUUGUAUGGAGUGAAUCAGGCUCAGGUGCAGCGCUACCUCAGUUCCCGCUCAGAGAAGGCUGCCGUGCUGUCCUGCUAUGCAGUGUUCCCUUGCCAGCAAGUGGCCCUCUGCAUGAGCUGCCUCAUUGGUCUGGUCAUGUUUGCCUAUUAUAAGAAAUACAGCAUGAGUCCCCAGCAAGAGCAAGCAGCCCCUGACCAGUUAGUCCUCUAUUUUGUGAUGGACCUCCUGAAAGACACGCCCGGGCUGCCUGGGCUCUUCGUCGCCUGCCUCUUCAGUGGAUCGCUCAGUACCAUAUCCUCUGCAUUCAAUUCACUGGCAACUGUCACAAUGGAAGACCUAAUCCAGCCCUGGUUCCCUCAGUUGACUGAAACCCGGGCCAUCAUCCUCUCUCGAAGCCUCGCCUUUGCCUAUGGGCUAGUCUGCCUGGGAAUGGCCUAUAUUUCCUCUCAUCUGGGAUCAGUGCUCCAGGCAGCACUCAGCAUCUUUGGCAUGGUUGGAGGGCCACUGCUGGGACUCUUCUGCCUUGGGAUGUUCUUUCCAUGUGCCAACCCUCUUGGUGCCAUUGUAGGCCUGUUGACGGGACUCACCAUGGCCUUCUGGAUUGGCAUUGGGAGCAUAGUGACUGGAAUGAGCUCUCCUGCGGCAUCUCCGCCCCUUAACGGAUCCAGCUCCUUCCUGCCCAGCAAUCUAACUGUCGCCACUGUGACCACCCUGAUGCCUUCCACCCUGUCCAAGCCCACAGGACUGCAGCAUUUCUAUUCCCUGUCCUAUUUAUGGUACAGUGCGCACAACUCUACCACAGUCAUUGUAGUGGGCCUGAUUGUCAGUCUGCUCACGGGGGGAAUGCGGGGCCGGCCCCUGAACCCCGGGACAAUUUACCCUGUGUUGCCAAAGCUCCUCGCACUCGUUCCCUUGUCCUGCCAGAAGAGGCUUUGCUGGAGAAGCCACAGCCAGGACAUCCCGGGGGUCUCCAACCUGUUUCCAGAGAAGAUGGGGAAUGGAGCGCUGCAGGACAGCAGAGACAGAGAGAGGACGGCUGAAGACGGCCUUGUCCACCAGCCAUGCAGCCCCACCUACGUCGUCCAGGAGACCUCCCUGUGAGCUGUGACGGAGCUCAGCUGCCUUCACUGCAGAGCAGCCAGAGGCCAUUCUAUAGUGCAGAGACAGUCACGACAUGUGUUCUGCAGCAGAGGUGGGCAUAGCCCACAGCAAAGGACCUUGAUUUUUAAAGUUCAUCUCCACCAAAGCUGCUGCUUGCAAGGACGACAGUUUUUCCUUAAUCCUUGCCAAUCUUCUCUUAGGAUCAGGUUUGCAGGGUACAGAAUCACAUCACAUGUAGGGAAAUAAAUACACUAAGAAAAGGGUGGCUUUUGAUUAAGUGACCAGGGUUCUUUGGGGUGAAUAGGAACAGGAUUUCUUACAACUGCCCCAGGACCUGAUUUGGCAGGAUUGACCAGCUCAAGCAUUAAGCAUUAAGUCCUUGGCCCUCUAGUGAUUCCUUCACUAUCAUGUCAACCUGGGUUAUCUCCAGCCAUUGUGAGCCCCUGUGGUCUUUCAGGUUCUCUGUAAUACUCAAGUCCCCUCUCAUUCUUACCUACCUCGAUUCUUGAGAGGGAGACUUUGGUGUCCUUGGGCAUAGACAGUUAUGUUCAUCUAGUUGUAUAGAGGGGAGGGGGGGUUCCACAUCAACCCACACCCUCUUCAGGCGGUACUUAAGAGACAGCCCUCACCAGGACCCCUUAUGCAGUGUGCUAUCCUCUAAAUGCCUAAGCUAAGCCACCCUGGUGUCAUUCUGUCAUCUGCAACUAUUUCCUGUGGGAGUUUCCUCUUCAUGCAUUUUGUUCCUAGGGAAUAAAAAUAGCUGUUAGCCUGG